AUGGAGAAACUUGAAGGGUUUGGACGGAAUGCCUUUUUGGUUCGAGUUUUUCUUGGUUCGAAUCGGUUUCAAUUGGCCGAUUAUGGUGGAAACAUGGCGGUUAUAUGGGAAUGGCAUGAUGGUUCUAGCAACUGUAAGGAAACAACAAUUUGGUGUGCGGAGAUUGCGCUUGAAAGUUGUGGUAGUGAAGGGAUUUCGGGGACAGUCGAGUGGUCUGAUGCUGUGCUUAAAGUCCCUGAGUGUUUUAAAUUGGUUAAUGUUAUUUCUGCUACUGUUUGA